CGCGUUGACGGAUUCCUUCUCAUUCCCGUUCGUGUCUGGAUUUGUGUUUGUUUUCCGGGAUACGUGUGCCGGGAAAUUCGAAUCCGAGUGUUAUUGAGUUUUGAAAGUGAAUUUAGUGAUUGUGCCUUAAGCGUGUCCAUUUAUUGGAUUAUUUCGUACACUGUCAGCGAUUUAGGCCGAAAACUUGAACGUUUCGAAGUUUCAGGCGUUUUCCAUCCGUAAUGACAUGAAAAUACGAUGCCUCGAUGCGCGCUCUCGAUCGCAUCAUUAGUAAUUUGUCUCCUGUUAAAAUCCACCAAUCAGGCGACUGAAGAUGCCGCAACCGGAACACGAAACGUCGCGUUUCAGUUUACACAAGAAUUGUACAAUGUCAGCAUACCGGAGAACAGCGUCGCUAAGACAUACGCCACACAGAAACCGGGAUCUGGACGUAUGGGGAUUGUUGUGGUACCCAACACCUUUACAGAUAUCAGAUACAAGAUAAUAGCGGGGGACAGAGAUAAAUUCUUUAAAGCCGAGCAAAAGUUGGUCGGGGAUUUUUGCUUCUUGUUCAUCCGAAUAAAAACUGGCAACAAUGACGUGUUAAACAGAGAAAGAAAGGACAAGUACAUUUUGCAAGUUAAGGCUACGGCCACCACUUUAGGCAAAGAGGGAAAUCAGAAGGUUUACUACACUACAGAAACAACAGUGGUAGUAUCGGUACUAGACACAAACGACCUUAGCCCUUUAUUUUAUCCCACCGAGUACAACGCGACAGUACCUGAGGACACACCUCUCCACCAAAGCAUUUUAAAAGUGAUCGCUGAAGAUGCAGAUCUGGGCCAAAACGGUGAAAUCUACUACUCGUUUGCAGAAGAUACCGAUCAAUUCGCCAUCCAUCCCGUCACGGGAAUUAUCACCCUCACAAGACUCCUCAUUUAUAACGAAGGUACUUAUCACGAGCUAAAGGUGCAUGCACAAGACCGCGGCAUGCAGACCCAAUCAAUGGGGUUCAGUAAUGCGGUGGUACGCAUCAAAGUGAAAAAAGUGAACCUGUUUGCUCCAGAGAUACGCAUUAGGAGACACCCUUCCAUAGUGGAGAAUAGUAACGCGGAUAUUUACGCUAUCGUGAAUGUUAAUGACCGGGAUGGAGGGAUUCAUGGAGAAAUCGAUCGUUUGGAAAUCGUGGAUGGUGAUCCGGAUGGGCAUUUCCGUAUAAGGCCCACAAGGCAAAAGGGAGAAUAUAAUAUUGAAGUGCUCAAGUUACUUGAUAGGGAAAAGACUCCACAGGGGUACCAAUUGCAACUGAGAGCGGUGGAUAAAGGCGUACCCCCUCGCGAAAGCUACAAGUCAGUACCGGUCCAGCUGGCAGACCUAAACGACAACGCCCCAGUGUUCAAUAAGGAAAUCUACGAUGUUAAGGUGCCAGAAAGUGCUCCGAUAAAUACCCCAUUAAUAAGAUUGAAAGUGACUGACUCAGACGAGGGUAGAAACGCUCAAGUGUUUUUAGAAAUCGUGGGGGGUAACGAGGGGGGCGAGUUCGAAAUUAAUCCGGAAACCGGUAUGUUGUACACUGCUGUGCCGCUGGAUGCUGAAAGUAAACAGUUCUAUAGCUUAACAGUAUCGGCUAUCGAUCAGGGAAAUGUUGGAACUAGGAAACAAUCGUCCGCAAAGGUGAAAAUCUACGUGGAAGACACUAACGAUAACGAUCCGAUCUUUGAAAAACCUGAAAUGACCGUCUGGGUUGACGAGAAUAUGCCUGCAGGCACCUCGGUGACUACGGUACAUGCCAAAGAUAAGGAUCGAGGAGAGAAUGCGUACAUUUCGUACCUUAUAGCCAAUUUGAAUAAGGUGCCGUUUGAAGUGGAUCAUUUUUCUGGAACAAUCAAGACUACGCAGCUGUUGGACUAUGAAAGUAUGAGGAGAGAGUACGUGUUAAGGAUAAGGGCCUCUGAUUGGGGACAACCUUACAGGAGACAAACUGAGAUGCAGUUAACUGUCAAGGUAAGGGACAUCAACGAUAACCGCCCCCAAUUCGAAAAAAUCGACUGCAUAGGCAACCUCCCACGUCACACCCCCAUAGGCAGCGAAAUUAUCACCCUUUCAGCCAUAGACUUUGACUCUGGCAACAUAAUCAGCUACAGAAUCGUCUCUGGCAGUGAAGAUAACUGCUUCAGCAUCGAUUCCACUUCUGGCACUGUAACUGUUUCUUGUGACCUUACCGAUGUACGUGCUGAUCAGCGAGAGUUAAACGUCACUGCCACUGAUAACACCCAUUUUGCUGAUAUAGCUAGGAUCAGAUUUAAACUUGUAAAUACUAAAAAGAACUAUGGAAGUGGAAGGUUGUUGUCUGAAGAUACUGGUGCUUAUGAUUGUAAAGAUACUGGGGUCGCCAGACGACUGACAGAAGUACUGGCAGAUGCUGAAAACAACAAUGGCCCACUGGAAAUGGAAGAUUUCCCGAUGAUGCCCACACGUUAUGGACAAAACGUUCAUGCUCCAGAGUUUGUGGAUUUCCCAAUUGAAAUCAAAGUUAACGAAAGCGUGGCCAUUGGUACUGUACUGGUGAAACUUCGUGCCAGAGACAGGGAUCUUGGAUUUAAUGGAGAACUUGUUUAUGGCAUAUCACAUGGAGACAGUCAUUCGCAAUUCGACGUGGACAUGAAGACUGGCGAACUCAAAGUGAUCGGUUAUCUGGAUAGGGAAAAGGAGUACGAAUAUUUCCUGAAUAUUACCGUAUAUGACUUAGGAAAGCCUCAGAAGAGCUCCUCGAAAAUUUUGCCCAUAUUGGUGCUGGACGUGAACGAUAACGCGCCGAAAUUUGAAAAAUCUUUGGCUAGUUUCAGAGUCACUGAGAACGCGCUUAACGGUACCGCCAUCUUUACCGCCAAAGCUUUCGAUCUGGAUGAGGGUGACAAUGCGAAAGUAACGUAUACUUUGGCUACUGAUACCAAGGAUUUUUCGGUGGAUAGUGUUACGGGAGUAUUAACAGUUUCCAGGUCACUGGACCGAGAACGCCAAGACCUCUACGAGCUAAAAAUAAGGGCCACAGACAACGGGGGCAAAGGUCCCGACAACCCCCCUUUAUUUUCCGAGGCCAUCGUUCGAAUUUCCGUGGACGACAUCAACGAUAACCCGCCAAAGUUCAGUUUACCCAACUAUAACGUGAAAAUCCGAGAAGACGUUCCAGUCGGCACAGUGGUGGCAACAGUGACAGCCUCCGAUCCAGACCUUGGACCAGACGGCGAGGUCCAUUACACCCUCGAAGAUUCGGACAGCGAUGGUACGUUUAAAAUCGAUAAACUGUCCGGUACCGUGCGUACGACAAAACCACUCGACUUCGAAGAGAGACAGGUGCACAGUCUGAUGGUGUUCGCGAACGACCGAGGCAACCCGAGCCUCUCCAGCGAGGCAACCGUUACCGUGAACGUGGUAGACGUGAACGAGAACGCGCACGCGCCUAUUUUUAGUGAGGCCGUUUUGAUCGGAAACGUGAGUGAGAAUCGUCCGGUCGGUACUGUGGUGAUGAAAGUGAGUGCGAUCGAUCUGGAUCCGCCCGGUGGUGAUUCUAUGGUGGAGUAUUCCAUUAAGGAUGGAGAUGGAAUCGGGCUGUUUAGUAUUGAUAAUGAAGGAGUUAUUAAGACCACCGCCAUCCUGGACAUCGAGACGAAAACCCACUAUUGGCUGACGGUUUUUGCCCAAGACCACGGUGUAGUACCGCUCUUUUCUUCCGUAGAGAUUUACAUUGAAGUAUUAAACGAAAAUGACAACGUGCCCUUAAGUGAGCUGCCAGUCUACUAUCCCACGAUCCAGGAAGACAGUCCUGCAGGAACGACCAUUUUGCAAAUAAAAGCGACCGAUAGGGACAGGGAUCCACGUCAGGAAAUAUUCUAUCGUAUCGCCUCUGGAAACCCGGAGGGGUUUUUUGCUAUUAACGAAACGUCCGGCGAAAUAACGACGACCUCGAGAAAACUAGACAGAGAAACCCAAGACGAGCACAUCUUGGAGAUUUUGGUGCUGGAUAAUGGUACUCCAUCCCUGUCUUCAACCACGAGGGUGGUGGUAAAAAUCGAAGACAUCAACGAUAAUUCUCCGGAGUUCGAACAGGCUUUCUACAGCGUCUCCAUACCGGCUAAUGGGAAUUACGAUAAGGCCAUGUUCCAGAACGACGCAAGAGGAAAAUAUUUAGACGAUUUCGACGGCGCAGACGCGGCCGUCGAACUCGAACCGUGGGAAAGUCACACGCAGAAAGACUUCGCUGGGCUCGAGCCGGCCCUGCGGGUGCUGGCCUUCGAUAAGGAUAUUGGAGCGAAUGCAGAGCUCUACUACCAAAUCAAAUCAGGAAAAGGGCGGUCAAAGUUCAAAAUUGAUAAUACGACCGGGAUGGUGUAUGCGCAGAAAGGGUUUGAGCCUGGACAGGAGUAUGAGUUGAAUAUAAAAGCAACUGACAGGGGAUCCCACCCGAAAAGCAGCGUCUGCAAAGUCUCAGUUAAAAUAGUACCAGUUCCAAAAACUUCCAAAAACCCUCCCGUAGUGAAAACUCCAUCGGCAGCCAAACUGACCGAGGGCGAUCCGAUCGGAUUCUUAGUCAGCUUGAUCCAAGCCACGGACUACGACAAUGACAGCUUGUGGUACGACAUAGUUGAUGGUGACCAAAGACAGGACUUCUUUAUCGGUCGUGAUAUGGGCAACAUCCUGUUGGCCCACAAAUUGGACCAUGAACUCCAAAGCGAAUACACCCUUAACAUAAGCGUUACAGACACCGUACACACCGUCUAUACCCAGUUAAAUAUCACCGUAAUCGACAUCAACGAUCACAGGCCAGAAUUCACGGAAAGCCUAUAUAAAGUGGAAAUAUCAGAAGCUGUACCUGUAGACACGGAAAUCUUUAAGCUACAAGCCACCGAUAAAGACGAAAACGAUCGACUUAUAUACAGUUUCUAUGGGGCAGAAAAUGUGUUAUCCUUAAAAACAUUUAAACUGGAUUCAAUUACUGGGGUCAUAAGUUUAGCUUCAAACCUGGACAGAGAAACUUUAAGCGAGCACAUCCUCACAGUAAUGGUAAGGGACGCAGGCACUCCUGCCAAGAAAAACUUAGCAAGAGUCCAUGUGAUCGUACACGACCAUAACGAUCACGCUCCCCACUUUUCCGACAAGAUUCUUGUGGGUAAAGUAUACGAAACCGCUUCGGUAGGCAGCGUAAUCCUAAAAGCUUUAGCAGUGGACCACGACAAAGGAGAAAAUGCCCGAAUAACUUAUUCAAUCGUAUCAGGGAACGUCGGGAAUGUAUUUAACAUUGAUCCCGAUCUUGGUACCAUAAGCAUCGCGAGGGAAUUGGAUUUGACCACGGCCUCAGAAUAUACUUUACAUAUUAGGGCGAGCGAUCACGGCCAACCGCCGCUGUUAUCGAUGGUCCCGGCCCAUAUUUCUUUGACUAUGGCUGAUAAUGCGCCUCCAAAGUUCGUGAAUAAAGAAAUCGCGGCGGAGAUCUACGAAGAUCAGCCGCUGGGUAGUUAUGUGGCCCAUUUGGAUGUGCGGAGUACUUCCUCGUUGCAGUUCGAAAUAUUAGAAGGCAAUCAGGAGGGCAGUUUUAUUAUUAGUCCCAGUACAGGAGUGAUUACUACUCAAAAGUAUUUAGACUAUGAGACUAAUAAGUUUUACAAUUUAACUGUCAUCGCCAUCAAUAUGGCCUCAGCAUCCGCCACCUGUAACGUGAUCAUCCAUAUCCUGGACAAAAACGACAACGCGCCGCAGUUCCUACAGGUUCAGUACUUCGGUACCAUUUCCGAGUCGGCUCCGGUGUCCUCGUUGGUACUAUCGAACAGCAGCGAACCGCUCGUCAUUAAAGCGUUUGACGCUGACAGCGAGAGAAACGCCCUGCUCAGCUUCGAUAUCGUGGAAAUUUUACCGAAACGGUAUUUCCAGAUCGAUUCAAAUACUGGAGCCAUUAGGACCAUAAGGCUAUUGGAUUAUGAGAGUAUGUCUACGUUCAGUUUUCAUGUGCAGGUUUCGGACAUGGGUAAACCAAAACUCUUCUCGGACGCCACUGCUCGGGUGGACAUAAACGUAACGGACGUCAACGAUUGCCCACCGAUUUUCUUCAGUCCCGUUUACAACGUGACCCUCCUGUUACCCUCCUACAAAAACGUGGCCGUCAUUCAAGUGAACGCCACUGAUCCCGACAGUACAGAGGCGGGCGGCACAUUAAAAUACGACAUAAUCGAGGGAAACAAAUUGGGAGCGUUCAAAAUCGACCCGAAACUCGGCGUGAUAUCCCUCACCGAUCCAGAGCAGCUCAAACCGCAAGCAUCUUAUAAGUUACACGUGCGAGUAUCAGACGGGAAGUUCUCCAACGUUGCCAAAGUAUACGUGCGAGUCGAAGAAUCCGACAACAGCGGCUUGGUGUUCCAGAAAUCUUUCUACGAGGGUACCAUCGUGGAAAACUCCACGAAGAUCACGACCGUUUGCGUGGUUAACGUGUUGGGUAGUGCCCUAAAUGAACACGUCGAGUUUCGGAUCUUAAAUCCCACCGAUAUGUUUAGUAUUGGGUCCACGUCCGGGGUGAUAAGAACCACGGGGAAAAAGUUCGAUCGUGAAUUGCAGGACAAGUAUCAGCUGAUUAUAGAGGCUCGAAGUAACACCCCUUAUCGGGAGAGGCCGCGAGUUACGCAUGUCGUUGUCAAUGUGACGGUGCUCGAUAUAAACGACAACUGUCCGAUGUUCGUCAAUUUGCCGUACUACGCGGUGGUGUCGGUGGACGACGAAAAAGGUUCGGUGAUCACGAAAGUUCACGCGAUCGACCUGGACAGUUCAGAAAAUGGCGAGGUGCGUUAUGAAUUGAUUAGGGGACAUGGAGAACUGUUUAAGGUCCAACGAGAAUCUGGAGACGUUGAAAUCAAGCAGAACUUAGAAGGGCAUAAUCGGGAGUAUGAACUUUUAAUUGCCGCAUACGAUAAGGGUAUUACACCCUGCCGAACGGACGUGACCGUUCAUAUUAAGGUGAUCGAUCGUUCGAUGCCGGUAUUUAAAAAGCAAUUCUACUCCGAAACGGUGGCGGAGAACGUGGAGUUACACUCUCCAUUGUCCGUCUCUAUCGAGGCGGAGUCUCCGUUGUCCAGGAAGCUGAUUUAUAGCAUAGUGAAGGGUAACGAGAUGGAAGAGUUUGCGCUCGAUUUUAAUACUGUUCCCUCCGGUCGUGCUUUAAGAGAUCGGCUCAGAUUUAUACUUCUGAGCCAAUUUUUCGCUGAGCAACGGGUGCGCUCAGAAUACGCGCAAAAAGCUCCGGACAGUAACAACGGGCCUUGUGUGAUUUCGGUAGUGGACGAAUUGGAUUUUGAAACGACUCCACAGUACGAGCUGAUUAUAAGGGCGACCGAUUCGGUGUCGGGAGUUUAUGCCGAAGUACCCGUAUCUAUCGUUCUCUCGGACGUAAACGACUGCCCCCCAGAAUUCACCCAAGAGUCGUACAACAUAUCGGUAUCAGAGGCGUUCCAGUUCGGCACUUUAGUCCUAACGGUAAAAGCCCACGACAACGACACCGGCAUUAACCAGAAAAUCCUCUACUCAAUCGAACAAGAUAAAACGAGUAACGCAACCGACUACUUUUACAUCGACGAGCAAGAAGGAAAAAUUUACCUGAAACAGAGUCUGGACCAUGAAACGAGCGGACAACAUCAUUUCGUGGUGGUAGCCACUGACCAAGGGGUACCCAGUUUAAAUAGUACCGCCCACGUGUGGGUACGGGUGCUGGACAUGAACGAUAACGCACCGAAAUUCGAGCAAUUGUCUUACUCUUGUGGCGUCUCGGUUUCGGCCAAACGCGAUCAAUUCGUCACUAUUGUGAAAGCUAGCGAUCUGGAUGACGUCGAUAAGAAUAAUUUGAGGUAUACGAUUGUGGCGGGGAAUGAACAGCAAACGUUUUCUAUGGCCCCUAGUACUGGAGUUGUUACUCUUGUAAACCUCGCCAACUUCGGUAACCAACAAAUGAUGCUGCUGAACAUCUCGGUGAGCGACGGCGUAUACACCAGCUUUGCCCGAUUAAAAGUCGAACUGAUCCCCGCCAACUUGCACUCGCCUAAAUUUAAAGAUAUCAUCAUGGAUGUCGCUGUGCCGGAGAAUAAAAUAGCGGGUGCCACUGUGGCCGUGGUCAAUGCCACGGAUGCGGAUUUCGGCACUUUCGGCACCGUCAGCUACAGCAUCCACUCGGAUUUGCUCAGUGAGGUGUUUAAUAUUGACAAAAAUACCGGGAAAAUUGUUACGAGGAUUAGUUUGGACAGGGAAAGUAGGAAACAGUACGAAAUCCCUGUGAUGGCCACGGAUGGCGGGGGUCUCAGUGAUUUUUUGACGGUUCGCGUCAAAGUGACGGACGACAAUGAUAAUGCUCCACGGUUUUUGCUUAGGGAGUACAAGAUAAGCAUCCCCUCUAAUUUAUCAGUUGGGAUUGCUUUCACUAAGAUUAAAGCAGUAGACGAAGAUUAUGGGCCCAACUCAAUGCUGGAAUACUCAAUUUACGAGAAAAAGUCAUCUGAGGUGGCCAGCAUAUUUGGAAUUAAUCCAUCCACCGGGGAAGUGUUUUUAAUUCGGAAAGUUUUGACAUGGGUUGGAGAAGUAUUUCAAUUUUUCGUGCGCGCUACUGAUAAAGGAAAACCGGAAAAGCACAGUGACGUACCAGUAAACAUUUUAAUAAUGGGCUCGACCGAUUACCCGCCCGCCUUCGAAAGAAAAGACAGCAAGUUCUUCCUCUCGGAAAACUCGGCCACCGGCACCAUAAUCACCAAAUUAAAAAUCUUGGGAAACCUAACUGUCAACUACGAAAUCGUAUCUGAUUGGGAUGACAGUCCUCAGUUCACCAUCGACUCCCAGGGCCAAGUUUCCUUAGCGAAACCGUUAAAUUUCGAAAAACAACAGACUCAUCUCAUUGGCGUGCUCGCAUUAACCGACAGCAGUCCCCCCUUGACCGCAUUGGCCGAAAUUGUACUUCAAGUUCAAGAUGAAAACGAUCACGCGCCCCAGUUCGAAAGUGGAACGUACGUUAUACAAUUAGCCGAGAAUGUCGUCGAGGGAACGUCUAUUUUAAAGGUAAUCGCCCACGAUGAAGACCAAGGUUCAAACGGCGAGGUCAGAUACAGUUUUACCCCCGACAACUCGGAAAUAGUAAAUUAUUUUGCUAUCGACAGUCACACAGGGUGGAUCAGCACUUUAGUGAAACUCGACAAGGAGACUAAGUCUGAAUAUAAAUUUUACGUUACGGCUACUGACAAUGGCAGUCCUAAACACUCCGCUCGAACCACCGUGAUAAUUAAAUUAAAAGAUUACAAUGACAGCCCAACGGUAUUCAAACAGCCGUUUUACGAGUCGGCUGUUAACGAGGAUGCAUUGCCCGGCACCGUACUACAAACGCUAGCAACAACGGAUGCGGACGUUGAUUUGACAACCCCGGUGGAGUUUUAUAUCAUAUCCGGCGAUCCGAGUUCUCAGUUUCAAAUAAGACAAACGGGAGAACUUUAUGUGGCAAAAUCGCUGGAUCGCGAGAAAACCGACACGUACAACCUGGACAUUCUGGUGACGGACGGUCUGUUUACCGAUACGACAAAAGUGGCCGUCGCCAUUUUGGACGCCAACGAUAAUCCGCCCUAUUGUCUUAAGUACCGUUAUAGGCAAGUACUGUCGGAAGGUAUUUUACCGGGGUCUUUUGUGCUGAGUGUUCUGGCCACGGAUAUAGACGGACCUGACCAUUCCAAGUUGAAAUACGUACUGUCAGGUGACGGGUCGGAAAGCUUCUUAUUGGACAAGGAUACUGGUGAUUUAAAAACCGUUUUGCCAUUGGACAGGGAGAACCAAUCGAAGUAUUUACUCACUGCCCAUGUGCAUGAUGUAGAGCAAACGCGUUGGGAAUGUUCGUCGAAAAUUGAAUUGAUUAUUUCGGAUUUAAAUGAUAACGCUCCGAUGUUCACUUUACCGUAUUACUCGGUGGCCCUACCGGAAGACGUCGAAAUUGGCACCUUAGUAACGAAAAUCCACGCCACAGAUGCCGAUAUUGGAAUCAACCGAAAAAUCAAAUACUCAUUCAUCGAUUCGUUUAAUGAUCAUUUUCUAAUGACGGCCGAUAGUGGCAUUGUAACUCUGGCAAAACCGCUCGAUCGUGAAAUCAGGGCGAUGUACAAUCUGACCGUUCAAGCGAUGGAUAUGGGAACCCCACAGCUGAGCACCGUUGCCAAUUUGAUCGUUAAUGUGCAGGAUAUCAAUGAUAAUCCGCCGGAGUUUGAGAACAAGUAUUAUUUUGCUACUGUUCCGGAAAUUGACGCUGUUGGCACAGAAGUAGUACGGGUCCAAGCGACCUCAAAAGACAUCGGGGCGAACGCAGAAGUCUACUACUCGAUCAUCGGCGGUAACGAACAUAAGAAAUUCACAAUUAACAACAAAACCGGUGUGAUCACCAUCGCGGACAUGUUGGACUACGAGCGGGCCAAAGACUACUUUUUAACUAUCCAGGCUAUCGAUGGCGGCACACCGCCCUUAAGCAACGUUGCCACAGUAAACAUAACCGUGACAGAUUGCAACGAUAACGCUCCGGUAUUUAGUCAGAUGUCUUAUAGUGCACGGAUUAGGGAAGAUGCGCAUGUGGGUGAUAAAAUUUUACAGAUUGUCGCAACAGAUCUGGAUAGUAACGAAAACGGCGAUAUAACUUACUCAAUAAUCAGCGGGGAUGAUUUAAGACAAUUCUCAAUAGACCCCAAGUCCGGUUACGUUUCCGUUCAAAACCCUUUGGAUCGUGAAACUCUCGCCAAUUACGUCCUGGAGAUUCUGGCGAAAGAUAAUGGCGUGCCGGUGUUGUCACGUCAAACGAUGCUAAACAUCGAAAUAUCCGAUGCGAACGAUAACCCGCCGAUGUUCUCUCAAUCGAAUUACACCGCGGUUAUCCAGGAAAACAAACAAAUCGGGUAUUCGAUUAUGCAAUUCCAUAUUACUGAUGAGGAUAUUCCUCCUAAUACGGUGCCAUAUACUUUUGACAUAAGGGUGGGUAAUGAAGGGAACUACUUCAGAUUGGAUCAGGACGGGAUACUUCGUACGUCAGCCAAGUUUAAUCAUAAGAUAAGGAAUAAUUAUUUGUUGCAAAUUAGGGUGUUUGAUAACGGAAGUCCUCCAUUGUACUCCGACUGUUGGGUUCUCGUGAAAGUAAUAGAAGAAUCACAGUAUCCCCCAAUAAUGACCCCACUGGAAAUUAAUAUUAACUCUUAUCUGGAUGAAUAUCCGGGAGGAAUAAUUGGGAAAGUGCAUGCAAACGAUCAGGAUCAGUAUGACACUCUGAGCUACUCGUUGCAUCCGACAGUUGGCGUGGCGUAUCCUACUCAUGAGUUAUUUAUGAUUAAUCGUACUGACGGCACUUUAACAGCACUUCCACGCCUCGACGUGGGAGAAUACCGCCUAAACGUCUCGGUAACAGAUGGAAAAUUCUCCGAUUCGACCAUUGUGAAAAUAAACGUUGAAGUUUUAACCGAAACUAUGCUGGAAAACUCCGUCAGGAUCAGAUUUCGAGAUGUUACUCCAGGAGCUUUUAUUAUGAGCCACAGAAAAGGUUUUGUUAGAGCCGUCAAAAACGCCAUGAACUGUAAAAUAAAAGACAUCAUAAUCAUAAGCGUGCAACCGUCCAGCGACGAAGAUCUGCUCAGAGUCAGAAGAUAUGUGAAUCAAACGAUUUCGAGAGCAAAACGUGGUAUCCAUCAAGACCUGGACGUACUUUUUACCGUUCGUAAAACGGACGAUGGUUUCUUCACUUCGGACGUCAUCAGGAAAGCCUUGAACGAUAACCUGGAAGAACUGGAAGAGAGCACGAAGUUGGUGGUCGAGGAAAUCAUCAGGCCCAAGUGUAAUAACAAGUGGUGCGUGUUCGGGGUCUGUCAGGAUCAUUUCGUGUUGGAAACCGCGAGGAUCGAACCGAUUUCUACUGAGGUGACGAGUUUUGUCUCGCCGAUGCACCGACAGAAGUUGGAUUGUCUUUGUAAAGAGGGUUAUGGCGGUGAACGGUGCGACACGAUAGUAAACGAAUGCGCACGAGAACCGUGUCCGACGGCAAAAAUGUGCGUUCCGGACGCCUCCCAAACCGGCUACUCGUGUCAGUGUCCCGAGGGAUACGCGGGACAAGCGUGCGACGUGGACAUUUCCAAAUGCCACGACCAGAACUGCUACAUCGCGCGCAAUCCUAUAUCGUUUAGCGGCAAGAGUUACUCCCAGUACCGGAUCAUCAAUAAGAAAUCGAUCGAGGAUCAGCUCAGUUUGAGUUUGAGGGUGAGGACCGUGCAGCCGACCGGUAAUUUAAUGUAUGCUGCCGGUAAAGUGGACUAUAACAUCUUGGAAAUUGUGAACGGGGGCGUUCAGUAUCGCUUCGAGUUGGGUAGCGGCGAGGGAAUAGUCCGGGUCGGCGACAUUUACGUUUCCGAUGGCAGUUGGCACGAGAUCAAACUGGAACGAGAGAGGAAUAAUGCAAAAAUCACCAUAGAUGGCUCUUAUACGGCCCAAGGGUCCGCCCCCGGAGUAAGCGACAUACUAAACCUGCAAAGUGACGAAAUGUACUUGGGAGCGGAAGUGCACCAGCAUCCGUCAAUUUUGGGAUUCGAGGACGUGCAAAAGGGAUUUUCCGGUUGUAUGGACGACAUCAGGAUAAGCAGGGUUUCGGUGCCGUUACAUAAAUCGGGCGAGAAUUCGGUGGUGGUCCUGAAACGGUUUGCUAACGUCGAGUUCAGUUGCGAUACCGGAUUGUUUUCUGUUCCGCUUGGCCCUUGCGGUUCGCAGCCCUGUUUGAACGGCGGCACUUGUAGGGAUAUUAAAUCUGGAUACGAGUGCGAGUGCCAUAACCGAUUUAGCGGCACGGUAUGCGAAUUGGACACCGACCCGUGCGCCUCCUCACCUUGCCUCUACGGCGGUAAAUGCACUCCGACAAUUGCGGGCGAUUUCGUUUGCGAUUGCGUCCUAAGACUGAGCGGCAAAAGAUGCGAAUACGGACGCUACUGUUCACCGAACCCUUGCAAAAACGGCGGAGUAUGUGAGGAGGGUGAUGACGGACCUUUGUGCAAGUGUCGUGCGUUUGACGGUGCUUUUUGCGAAUACGAUCUGAACGAAUGCGAGACGAAUCCCUGUCAAAAUGGUGGGACGUGCGUGAAUGAAAUUGGCACUUUUCACUGUAUCUGCCCGCCGAACGUUACUGGGGCCUAUUGUGCGAAUUCCAUCUACAAUUCGCCGAUUUCUUCGUCGUUCCUGUUUAAUAUAACGUGGAAUCAACUGAUGUACAUCGCUAUCGGAUCUAUAGUCGUUUUGAUUCUAAGUGUUAUAUUGUGUUCGGUUUGCUGCUGUAUGAAGAAAAGGUCUAAAAAACGCCGAACGCGAAUGGUCAAAAACGAAAACAUUAAGGACAACAACGUGCUCAAUUCCCACCACAGACCCCACGAAAUGCCCGAAUUUAAACGGGAAUCCAAGUUGAGUAACCUGGAAGUGAACCACCGUGAUAUCACCAGGCCGGUGAGCUACACGCCUAGUUCACAAAACGAAGUAGGCAUCUUUAACUGUAACAACGCGACAAUGCUGAUAAACAACCUGGACACGCUGCGAAGUUACGGUUCGGCCGGAGACGAGUUGGAGAACGUACCGUUAGAUUACGUAAGAAAUUUAAACAGGAGCACGCCGCAAGGGUGCGCCAGUAACCACUGUGAUAACGAGAAAACUAAAUGGGCCGAUUUGGCUUUAAACGAUAAUAAGACUAGAAUUAGGAAUAACGAAUAUAAGGUGUCGAGUCCGGUAAAUUGCGAUCCUCCGAACAGACUUUAUGGUGGACGGGGUAAUACUAUCGCCAAUAGUAACUUGAGACCCCCGAUGGCCAAUUUGGGUGAGGAGGAUCAAAGGAAUGUUGGAAGUUACCAUUGGGACUGUUCCGAUUGGGCGCGUCACUCCCAAACGUUGCCGAACAUAACCGAAGUGCCCGGCUCGGAGAUACCCGACUCGAGCAGUUUCCAUAGUAACGAGAGCAACGAGUCGCGCUCGCACCAAUACCAUCAUCACGGCCACGCCCCCGGUAUACGGGUGGGCGGGGUCGGGGGCGUGGCCACCCUAAACGAGGUCGACCCCGAGUCAGAAUAUACGGUGGAAAAUGAAGAAGGAUCCAAACUGAACUCCCUAAAUGGGGAUUGUAGCGAGCAGGAUUAUCGAUUUGCCACAGCCGAAAGUUACCUACGUCACCCCAACUCCUACCUCCCCCCGCACAGUUACAAUAUCCCGAGUGAAGCGGAGGCCGAGUCCCUACAAAGUCCCGGUUCAGACGACGUGGAACCUUACGGGUUCCCGAGCAACCGUAACAGGAGGAUGGACGACGAUAUGGCUAGCGUUAUCACUACUUUAGAAGAGCGUCACUCCCUCCUGGGCGGCUGCUACGCGAGCAACAGCGACCUCUCGACGAACCUUUGCGAAAUCGAAGACUCCGAAUGCGAAACCGAUUUUAAAUCCGAACACAAACCGCUCAACUACAUCACGAGCAACAGGGGCGGCGUACAUCAAACGGACGUCUGACGGCACGCCCACCGUCUCCCUAAGAAAAAGGUUCGGUUCUUGGGAUAGCACCACGUUUUCAUUAUCGAGGAAAAACCACCCGAUUUAAUACCCGAUUAAAGAAUAUAGUGUAUGUCGAUUUGUGAUAUGAACCAGUUGCGGGGGGGUUUGUCUUUUUAAACGUAAAGUUUUUAGCAUAUUCGUUCCUGUACAUGUGACUAACUAACUAACUAGGAUUAGUAAUAGCAAGCGCAAAAUGGUCCAAUUCUGUAUUAAACACGCGUACUGUAAAUAAGGGAAACGCAUUUGCUCACGGACUGUUUUUUAAAUCAUGACGCGCCUGAAUAAAAUAUUACGUGUGCAUGUUAAGAAUCUCGUGUUUCGUUUUAUGACCGAGAUCGGAGUAAAUCGGUUCAAUUUCUAUCAUGGAGUUUGCAUAUCAGAUGUGUGGGCCAAACUUGGUUUUUCCUAUUAGAUAAAAGGGUGCUUUGCACCUUAAAUUUGAGUGAUUUUUUUAAUGUAAUAUGUAGGUUAUAUGAACCAAUAACAAGCAUUUUUUAAACGUAGAUAUUUUAAUAAUUAUUGUGAUAGAUUUGAAAAAAUCGAGUUUGUCCCUUUCAAGUUUACCUACUUACUAUUUAUUGUAAAAAAAGAUAAAGUAUCGUAAAUUACCUAUUUUUGUAAACCAUUAGUUAAAAAUUUAUCGAAUCGUUAGGUUUUUUGGGGUGAUUAGUUUUCGCUGGGUGCCGUCAUAGUUUUUAAGUUUUCUUUUAUUACGUAUAUCUAAAUAGGCCAUAAGGUAUUUUUACUCAACAUACAGGGUGGAUUUUUGCAGAAAUACCAGAAAAAUUCCAAUCAAUUCGCGAAUGCACUAGGAAAGGAUGUGGUCACACACAACUUCACAUUUCCUAAUAAUAAAACCACCAUGUAUAUUGGAAAUCAUCCCGUUUCAAAUAUACUACAAUAUAAGAGGUCCUAACAAGUAAUAAAAAGUAUUUAUUUAUUUACAUUCCGAUAAAGAGAAUCCGAUAUUCGACUGAAUGCGAACGGCAGCCACGUGUUUUAAGUUAAAAUAAAACUUAGGUUAGGUUUUGAAAAUGUGCCUAUACUGAAACCAUGACAACGGCAACCUGUCAUACUUUCUUUUUUUCAUUUGACAGUUGACGGUUAUGAAUCCUUGUAGAGAGUAUUUACUAAGCAGGCUAUACUUAAAUGUAUAAAUAUUAUAAUAGUUAAUUAAUUAAGGUUUUCGUUUUAAUCUUAACUCGUUGUUUUGUAUAUUGUUUUCCUUUUUUUAUACACUUUAGCGGCAGCUAUUUUAUUUAUUCGAAAACAAUUAUUGUGAUUUUCUUUACAUGUUUUUUUGUUUUUCUAUAGGUUUUAAGGUGCGCGAUUUUUUUAAUUAACACUACCGCAGUGUAAGAAAUAAAUUUAAAAAAAUUCUAGGUGUAAUUUUUUUAAUGAAAAAUAAAUAGUAUACAAAUA